AUGUCAUUAUUAUCGGCAUCUUCUGCCAGUUUGCGCCCAGAUGUGAAAUCUAAACAUGCUCCCAACAAUCACCAUCACAGCCAUUUCAAAGCACCAAAACUACCAGGGCGACCCAAAGCCAUCACGACGGGCAUGUCGCUGCUAAGAAAUGUCAAGGCCUUUUUGACACCCAGUGGAUCGCAAGCCCACCUCUCUGGCGGAGGCCUGGAUGGAGCAUUCACCAAGGCGAAGACGGAAACAGAUCUGUUCCCGGCCACCGACCCCGCAGUCGACGGUGAAGAAUGCCUGCGCGACUGUGACGGUUGUACCGUGCACUACCCGGCGAAAUUCAAGAUCGAUGAGGACGACACCUUGUACGGCCAUGUCAAGGGCUGGGAAACGCAUCUGAUCGUCGGCACGGGCAAGACUGAUUGGGUGCGCGAUGUGACGGACGAAAAGGCUUCGGUGAUGCAGGCUGUCGGCCGAGUCGGUGUGGAUAGGAAGAAUGGAAAGAUCAUGCUCUCGGCAAGUAACAUGCCCAAUUGUGCGGAGGGAUAUGACGGUGGUAGGAGAGCGGAGGGGGAAGAGGAAGGUAGUGAUUGUCUAUUACUACCGGCUUGGACGCUCAUCGAGGAUGUCAAGCCCAGCCAGGUCGAUGUCUUGAUGAAGGAGGUUGUGGAGAAAAGUGUUACGAAUUCGUCGCCACUUGGUGGGCGUAAAGCUCUUCCGCUUGGAAAUGGGGAGUCGAAUGGACAUGCGGCCGUUGAAGACGAUGCGGUGGCAGAGCCCGAUCUCACUGGACUACGCAUUGGCGGUGCGAACGAGCCCUCGACACCAUCGGAAGGCACUCAGACACCCCAGGACUUAUCACGGCCACAUGAGCAACAAGAAGAAUCCACCACACUUGCUCCAUCUUCAAUAUCUAGCAUCACCUUCAAGACCCGCCCGAUCCCCCAUUCGUACCUCAUCCUGAUGUGCAGCCACAAGACGCGCGAUGCUCGCUGCGGGCAGUCCGCCCCUCUUCUCCGCAAGGAAUUCGAACGCAUUCUCCGGCCCAUGGGUCUCUACCGCGAUCUCCACGAUGAUCGGCCCGGUGGUGUGGGCCUCUAUUUCAUCAAUCAUGUCGGUGGACACAAAUACUCCGCCAAUGUCAUGAUCUACCGAAGAGAGAGUCGAGCAAGAAAUCAUCUCGAUGCCAGCAAUGGAAUCAGCAAUGGCGCACUAAACGGGCAGCCAGCGAUUACUCAGAAUCAGACCGCAAAUCCAGUUGCAGAAGAUAGUACCCGUGAUGGCGAGGCGGUACAAUUGAUUUGGCUCGCAAGAGUCAGACCCGAGGAUUGUGAGAAUAUCAUACGCUAUACAAUUCUACAGGGGAAAUUGGUGAAACCUCAGAGGCAGCUGAGGGGUGGAUUUGAUAGGGAGAGGGGAUUGUUGAGUUGGUGA